AUGAAUCUAGCAAAUUAUUCCUACUUCUCUGGCAUGUGCAACAUGACCGCAGAGCAAUCACCUGCCGAGGCAAGUCCUGUUGUCAUGUCUCCAAAUGUGAGCCUGGACUCGCCACUGCCUCCGCCGCCUUUGAUGCUGCAGGCCCGGUCAAAGGAAAGCAUUUUGAUCAAGUCCGAGCCCCGAGGAAACAGUCCCAACACGGAGGACGGAGGCGCUCUGGGUCAGACUGAAGAGCACCUGCCCUCGGGGAGCCGCAGGAGGAAGAGGCCCGUCCAGAGGGGGAAGCCUCCCUACAGCUACAUCGCUCUCAUCGCAAUGGCCAUUGCCAACUCCCCGGAGAGGAAACUCACCUUAGGGGGCAUUUAUAAGUUCAUAAUGGAGCGCUUUCCUUUCUACAGGGAGAACUCGAAGAAGUGGCAGAACUCAAUCCGCCACAACCUCACGCUCAAUGACUGCUUUGUGAAGAUCCCCCGGGAGCCCGGCAGACCAGGUAAAGGCAAUUACUGGACGUUAGACCCCGCAGCUGAGGACAUGUUUGACAACGGAAGUUUUUUGAGGAGAAGGAAAAGAUUCAAGCGCACAGACGUUAGCACAUACCCCGGUUACAUGCAGAGCUCCAGCGCUUUUACGCCAACGCCAAUGGGAAGGCCUUCGUAUCCAAACGCCCUGUAUGCCGGCAUAGGGUCAGGUUACGGCUCUCAGCUGACGGCCACAUCCCCACACCCAGCCAUGCUGCAUCAUUACCAGACCUCUGCUGGAGUCAGCCAAGGACAGCCGCGCAUGUUCAGCAUCGACAACAUCAUCAGUCAGCAGACGGUUGUGCAGAGCGGCCCAGUUGGGGACCUCAACUCCCAAGCGCUGGGACUGGGUGGAGGCGAUCUGAGCACUAUGACCUCCAGCUGCUCGGUAACCGGCGCCGACCCGUCUGCUUGCUUCCAGACUCAGACUGUCAACCCGUCAGCGAACAUGCUGAGCAGAAACAGCGGGAACCUUUCAUCCAACCUGACCACCGGGUACCCAUAUUCCUCUCCGGCUUCUCCUCCAAAUCUACCCACCAUGACCCAGUCCGGAUUCUCCCCGGGCAGCUCCCAAGUGUACUGUACGAGCAACCGGCUCUCCCUACCGGCAUUGCGCCCGAGCUCCUGCGCCGAGCACUCGGAGCAGCUACUGGGCCUCUCCAGCCCCAUGAACUACAACAACACUUACAUGAGACAAGCCAACUUUGCGUCAGGAUUAGAGCGGUAUAUGUAA